UGGACACAAAAUAUCUCAGUGUGCCAGGCUCACUGAGAUAUUUGUGUCCAGUGUGCUAUGGGUCUGGAACCCAGGCUAAUAUAAACUCUGCCUCACCUUGUGCAUGCCUUCUCUUAAAAAACCCUCUAAAACAAAGGGGCGGGAUUGUGGGAAUAUAGCAGGGCUGUUCCGGGGAACCCAGAGAAAAGGAUCGGGUCUGGUGCGUAAUGCAGUCGCAUGCAGUAGUUGAACAUUGCACAAGAUAACCAUCCAUCAACACCCAGUGAAAAUUCUUUGCAUGCCACCAGUCCAACAUGGAACCCUUUCUUUAACCAUAAGAUUCAUUCAUUUUUGUUCACCAUGUGACUGAAUAGUGGGACAAAGUUUGACUUUCUGAAGGGAUACUUCACUUAGUGAUUUAACUUAGGAAGUGGUUUGCUUCACAGGUGCAAAGCUAAAUGGUAUGACAAAUUUUCUCUAAUCCUUUGCUGUGAAAUAGACAAACAUGAAAUACAAGGACUAUUCAAUUGAAUCCCGCAGGCUUGCAACAUUUGACCUGUGGCCUGAUAAUAGCCCUGUACCUCCACGGCUUCUGGCAAUAGCUGGAUUUUUCUGUGUUGAUGAGAACACCGUAGUCUGUUUCGAUUGUGGAGGGCAGUUUAGAAAUUGGAAGGCUGGUGACAACCCUUUUGUGAGGCAUGUCAGUGAGCAAAAGGACUGUGAAUUUGCAAAAAACCUACAAGUCAGUCAAGCAAGCACCAGCAACGUUCCCAACAAUGAUGCAAUGCAGGGGCAGGCACAACAGGCAGUCAUGGAAAGUACAACCCCUUCAUCCAAUAGCUGGCUCCAUCACUCACACAACUUCAACUCUAAUGAACUCUACGAGUCACAUCAUACACUAUGUGACUCACAAUGUCCCAAAGAUUUAAACACAGACCGUCUUCCUACAUACUUUGUGGACGGAAUCAGCAGUGAUCAACCACCAAGACGUCAAGAUACAACAAGAUUUACGGUAGGUUCUAACCAAUACCAGACGAGAAAUUUGAACACAGAGAGAGAUCGGCUUACUACUUACUUUGACUGGCCAAGAGAUGUACUCGUGUCACCAGAAGAUCUUGCAAGGCUAGGGUUUUUCUACCUUGGCUACAGAGACCGUGUGGAGUGUGCGUUCUGUGGGGGUGUUCUUCAUCAGUGGGAGGCGGGCGACGAUCCGUUUAUAGAACACCAGCGACACUACCCGCACUGCCCCUUCGUUAACGGAGAGGCGACCGCAAAUGUCCAACUUGGAGAGACGUCACCACAAGCAUCUCCGCCAACGAGCAGUCCGAGUACGGCUCAAAAUAUCGUUACCAGCCAAACUAGUCAGCAACCUUCAACACAAGCAACUGGAUCUGGAACCACAUCAGCAUAUGCUUUACCAAUAGACCGACAGUGGCCAAGAAUGCCAGAUUUUGCUGAUGAGGACAGUCGACUGUCCACCUUCCACAACUGGCCGAGGUAUUCUCCCAUGUCACCACUGAGGCUAGCACGGGCAGGAUUUCUGUAUACCUGUAAGUAUCUGCCAAGCGAUGUACCCGUGUCACCAGAAGAUCUGGCAAGGCAAGGGUUCGUCUACCUUGGAUACAGAGACCGUGUGGAGUGUGCAUUCAGUGGUGGUGUUCUGCAUCAGUGGGAAGAAGGUGAUGACCCGGUAGUAGAACACCAGCGGCACUACCCAGACUGUCCCUUCGUACGUGGUUUGGCCACCUCAAAUAUACCACUAGAUGACGACAGACAUCUACAUGUACCUGUGGACAAAACCAUGGCCAGUGCUGCACAGAGGAUGUUCUGUCCGUCCAGUACUGGUGUUGCUGAGACAGACGAUGGAUUUCUGGGGCAGACUAGACAACCAGAGCUAUCUUCGGAACACACGCUGUCUAGAUUGCCUCCUAGAGCUGGGGUCUCCUACACGUUGCCAAUAGAGGCACAGAGGCCAAGAAUGCCAGAUUUUGCGGAUGAGGAAAGCCGUCUGUCCACCUUCCACAAGUGGCCGCUGUAUUCUCCCAUCUCACCACGGAGGCUAGCACAGGCAGGCUUUGUUUACACCUGCAUUGACGACCAAGUCCGGUGUUUCUGGUGCGAGGGUGGUCUGAAGGACUGGCUGCAGGGCGAUGACCCCUGGGAGGAGCAUGCGCGGUGGUACGGGCCGGAGUGCGGUUACGUCAUCAUGAGGAAAGGCAUGGACUACAUCUGGGACAUCAGGACACGGAGUCGUAUCGGCAUGCAACAGACAAGGCAGCAGGGAACACAGCAGCAUGUUUCCUAUCGUGAAGGCAUCUCUACUGCCAUACCUGAAAAGCAGCUGCAGCAAAACAGAAGCAGCCAUCAGAGAAAUCUGGAGCAACAAGUCAAUGAUGCAAUGGAUUCUAGAAUUGUCAGAGAUGCUGUUGAGAUGGGAUUUGAUCCCGAUGACAUUAGAAGAGUUGUCUACUGUCAAAUCAAUGAGCAUGGGCAGUUUUUUGCUACAAUGACAGGCUUAAUCAAAGCUUUGUUGGAUGCUGAGGAAGAUGAAGAUCUGCAAGAUCAGCCACCCAGAGAGGAGAGUCCCCCAAAAGAAACACGGCCAAACCCAUCUACAGAGACUCAAGAACAACCUCUGGACCUUGAGACUAUGGAGCAUAUGUUGCGCCGUCUCCGCCGUCUCCGUGAAGAGAGGCAGUGUAAGGUGUGUCUGUCUGAGGACGCCUGUAUGGUGUUCAUCCCCUGUGGACAUCUCUGCUGCUGCGAACACUGUGCCAACAUGCUGAGGAUCAGAGGACGCCGCUGUCCGCUCUGUAGAGCGAUGUUCCAGAGGGUUCAGCGCGCAUUUCACACAUAAAUAUUCACUACAACUCUUUUGUAGUAAGAAAUGUAAUAAGAUAGUUUAGUUUUGUAGUAUUGUUGUAUUACUGCCACACAUUGUACCAUGUACAAUUGUCGAGCAUUCAUUCACUCUAUAUGUAAGGCCACAGCAAGUAAAUUUUAAGGAUGACAUCCUCCGCAGACUCCAAAUCUAAUGCUCUAAACAUUAUGUCUAAUACAAUGUACAAUGGGCUUUGCAAUAUUUAAAUGACAAUGUCAAAACAGAGUGUAUCAUACAUUUAUUCAAUACAUCAUAAACUACACUUUAUUUCUCAAUAUUGGGCUCUAUAAAUACACAACAUAUACACACCUCUCUAAUAAUUUAAAGCUAAAUUAUCUAUUGUUACAUGACUUAUAUUAUAGUAUCGAGCUAUUUGGAAGAAAACUCUUUUUAAUUACAGUUGUAACUUGUAAUACAACUUGUAAUACUUGAAACAAGUAUAACUGAAUGACAUUAAGAAGUCAGCCAUAAGUACAACUAGCAGAAGGCUUAGCAUUCCUUGCAGCAUAAUUUUACACAUACAUGUACAUAUAGCAAAAGUACCGAAGUAACGGGUUCCUUUCUCAGCACUAGGUGUACAGAGGUGAUCAUAUGAGGCGGCUUCCGUCCUAGAUCUCCAGUGCCGAAGGUACGUCAACACUUGGUGUCCAGUGUCGGCGGCUUCAGCACUGGAAAGUCUGAAUCGGCAAAUCAAACCCUGACUUUAAAAAGGGUACCGAGAUGCCGCCUUUGAACUCUAACACUCAUAUUUUCGAGAUCAUAGCGCCCAGGAAGCAAAUUACAAUCGGGACAACAAGGUGAUCUGCAGGACAGGACUGCACGGCCUCUUUCCUCACAUUUUCAAAGACGUAGACUUGACCUACGAUACUGUGCUGUAUGCCGCACGGCCGACGUAAGCACCAGAAGCCCAGUGCAGAAAUGAUUUGAGAACUCGCCUUCCAGCGCCAAGAGUCAUGAGCACUGGAACGAUUCAGUGAGGAACCCGUUACUUAGGUACUUCGACACUUGCUAUCCAGUGUUGAAUGGACUCCGAGCACUGGGAAGCGAGUGCCGAGUGGAAUUUAGCACUGGAAAACGAGUGCCGAAUCAAGAUUCAGCUCUGGAAUUCCAGUUCUGGCGGAGCUUCAGCACUGGAAAAUAAGCCGUUCAGCACUAGAAUUCCUGUGCGGAGUUUCCUUCCACACAGGGCCCCAAGUGCCUACACCACUUUCCCUGCGCUGGGUGAGGAACCCGUUACUUCGGUACCCUUGCGUACAUGUACAAGUACAAAAUGUACAUGUACAUGUCAUGUAUUGAUUGUAACAUUGUGUUUCCAUGAUGUACAUACUAGUACAUGAAUACUUUGAGUAAAAAGGUCUGUCUGGGUAGAAUUCAAAUGCCUUUUUUGUUUUCAAUGUGUUUGUUUGUAGGCUUGUGAGUCUGACUGAAGUUAUUUGGAUACCAUUUGUAUGCUUGUGUGACUGGGUAACUGCAGACUGACGUUAAGGUCAAAUUGGCAGUCAAAAUGGUUUCCCUAAAGGCUGUGAGAAAGUGACAGUGGAAUAUACACAGAAUCAGCAAGAAAUUCACAAUAAUGAAUAAACAAAAACUCACAACAAUUCUUGACACUUCACAGGAUUGUGAAAUACUAGUAGUCAAACCUGCCUC